AUGGCGUUGACUCUUGAACAAUUAAAAAUUAAACGCGGUAGUAUAAAAGCAUCGGUGACGAAAUUUGAAACUGCGUUGAGAAAAAUAAACGAUGAUACUGAUUUAUUUUCAUUAGAUUUAGAAGGUCGCUUGAGCAGACAUAACUCCUUAUGGGAAGAAUUUGAUAAUAUUCAAAAACAAAUAGAAGAGUUAUUACCUGGUGAGGAAAACAAGCAAAUUCAUGAAACAGAACAUUUAACUUUUGAAGAUCGGUUUUAUGAAAUUAGCGGGUUAGCAAAAAAAUUCCUUCAAAGACUUGAAUUAUCGACAAGGUCUGUACAAUCUUCCUCGCGUACAAAUUCAGUUCAAAAUUUAGAAUCCCAUGAAAUACCAACUCAAAGACGGACGCACUUCCCUUCUCAUUUCCAACUGCCAAAAAUUGAGACACCUGUUUUUCAUGGUACAUUUGACACAUGGCUUGCAUUUUAUGAUUCUUUUAAGUCGAUGUGCCAUGAUAAUCAGGAUAUUCCAAAUAUCAGUAAAUUUAUGUAUUUAAGAGCAUGUUUGAGAGAUGAAGCAACCGAAGUCAUUGCGUCGCUAGAAACAACUGCUGAUAAUUAUUUGAUUGCUUGGGAACUUUUAAAGAAUCGUUAUGAUAAUCGCAAGUUUAUUGUAGAAAAUCAUAUCAAAACUUUAUUUGAACUUCCCGCACUUUCAAAGGAAUUUACAGCACGCACAUUGCUUGAUAAUUUACAAAAACAUCUUAGAGCAUUAAAGGCAUUAAAUCAACCUGUUGAACAAUGGGACAGUUUAAUUGUUUAUUUAAUUAAACUAAAGUUUAAUAAUUAUAUACGCGAAAGAUGGGAUGAAGCCACGGGAACGACUCAACUUCCCACGGUUAAAGAUUUAAUUUCGUUUUUAGAAAAAAGAUCAGUUAUUGAGGCCAAUCAUUCCACAUUCAAAUCUGUUAAUUCUUCGAAGACUAAUUCCAAACACUCGUCUAACAUUCGAUCUAAUUCAAAACCACCAUCAACAUGUUUAUCAACUACAGUUUCAGGAAAACUGUAA